AGAGGCUUGUACAGGUACAGGUGAGACAGGUGAGCAUCUCAGCCACAAUCUGUCUGGACUCUACAUCAGCAGCAUCUCACACAAAGCUCCGCACACCGACUGCAACGCUCCGCCAAGCAUAAUGAGCGCAGAUGGACAAAAAGAGCUUCCUCCAUACAUCUUACCAGUCGAAGGUCAGGGUGGGGGAGAUUCAGUGAAGGUCUACCACGUCCACACUCCUUUCACCCCCCCUAGCAGCUCACAGGACCACGCCACCGCCACUCAUGGCACACCAGUGUACACCAGCGGCGGGGGAGGCCUGGGUUCAGGUUUAGACUCCGGAGACGGCAGAAGAAAGUUUGUGAGCUAUGAAACAGGGCUGGGACAUUCCCCCGGCAUGACGACCUGCUCCUCCUGUCAGCAACAGGUCAUGACAAACGUCUCCUACAAAGCAGGGAUGUACGCCUGGCUGAUGUGCCUACUCUUCAUCUGCUGCGGGUUGGUUCUGUGCUGCUGCCUGAUUCCGCUCCUCAUGAAAAAAUUCAAGGAUACUUACCACACGUGCCCCCGCUGCAACAGAGUCCUGCACGUCGAGAAGAGAAAAUGCUGUAAAUGACGGACAUGAGGGCAGAAAAUAGGAUCCAUAGAAUAAGAACUAACAUGAUGUUACCUUUGUCUGAGUUUCCGUUACCCAGGAAAAAAAAGGGGGCAUUUGUGCCAUUUUCUGAGACUAACUGAGGUAACAGAUGUAGCUCAUCUCUAUGAAUGAUUCGUAGCCGCAACCAAAUCAAACAUGAAUGACUUUCUGCAUUGUAUCGUAUUAUUAGCAAACAGACUGGGAGUGUUGUUGUGUUGUCAGAGCUUAAAUAUCCAUCUUUUACUGCUCUGCCAAAUUAAAGCACACCCCAUGCACUUUUUUUGGAGCUGUUAGAAUAUCAUUAUACUCAUAAACCUUUGCAUACAUAAUGUUGUUAAAAUGAAGGCUUGUAUAUAGACUGUACUAAAUACUUUAUGUUUAAAGGGAUUGUGCAUGUGAACUUUAAACAGAUCAGUCUGACACAAACCAGCACAGCAAACCAGAGCAGAGAGCAAAAACACAAGUAUUUGCUCAUCUGCACUUGCACAGUAAAUUUGUGUUGUGACCAUUUUGGUAAUAUUUAUAUGUUCACAGUCUCAAAAUUACCUUCAUAGUUCUGACAUGAAGAGAUGACAAGCAAUCUGAAACAAACACCUAUUCUUUCAUUACACCUAUUCUUUCAUUACAUUGCAAAGUUCAAUGCAAAAAUAAAGCUAUAAUUAUAUAUAUAUAUAUAUAUAUAUA